AUGCGACUUUCUCCGGAUGUAUCCAUCUUCCCUCGGAAACCCUCCUUUGAUUCUCCAUCUCCGCCCUUGGACCCCCGCACCGCGGUUCCAGCGACCUUCUUCUUAUCUUGCAAUCCACAUGCUGCUGAGUCAACGCAUGACUCUUGUGUAGAGGACACCGGAGAUUACAAAGAUAAUACAUAUGGAGUUCAAAGCCUAGCAGAUAUGCUAUCUCAGUCCGAAGCUAUUGCGAGUUCACAUAGCGAUAUCCCGGUCCACCAACCGAUAAGCCACCAGUCCCAGGAUUUGGAUGAUGGCAAGGAACCACGACGGUCAGACCGCAGAUCAACGUUGAAGCCCUUUGAAACAAUCUCUCGCGAUUCAUCCAUGCCGCCACCAGCUGAUAUCAUCUCUCGUCCCCUAACACCACUCAUCCCGGAUGAGCCGUCCUUCCCUACCUAUCCGGCCAUUGGGUCCGAUGAAGAGGACAGACCAGGCCCUUCGCCUCAUAUUGGACCAGCGAAUGUCUCACAGUUAAUUAUGCCAAGUAUCAAGAUGCCAAGUCGGCGGCCAUUUACAGAGAGGGGAAAGGCUAUGGGCCGAUUCAAAAUCCUUUUGGCUGGAGCACCAGGAUCCGGGAAAACGUCUCUUAUUAAAUCCAUUGUCCAAAAGUGUGAAGAUAUUGUCCAUGUCGACGCUCUUCCCGCGACCAACAACAGCCCGGGGGAGCGGCGGCGGCCGCCACGCCCCCACACCAGUGCGAACCCCACUCGCGGUCCCGCGAUCACAGAAAUAUACGCUAGCACUAAACCCUACCCUUCUUGGUGGUCGGAUCUCGAAGAUUCACGUGUAUUACGCCGACGAAAGAGCAUCGGGGAAAUUGUCCUGGAGCGCAAUUUAUGCUUUGUCGACACGCCGACGACCUCACUAAGCCGAGCGGGCCACACGGACGCUAUUGUGCAAUAUUUACGGCAGCAGCUGCACCGUGCAAGCAAUUCCGUCGCAGCUGCAGGUAUAGACUUUCAAAAUCUACUGGCCGGCAAUGGUGGCUCACAGGUAGAUGCUAUCCUAUAUCUGAUAUCCAGAGAUUCUCUAUCUAAGGAUAUUGAGUGUGUACGGAAACUCUGCGAGCUCAGCAAUGUCAUCCCGGUAAUUGCUAAAUCGGACAUGCUUUCACCCGAGGAGUUGUCCGCCCUCAAAGCCCAAUUCCAUCAACAGGCACAGGUUUUAGGAGUCAGACCCUUCUUGUUUGGGGACUUACCGCCCUUUAACCUUGAAGGAACAGAACCCCAACUUCCAUAUGCAGUAUCCUCCGAGCAAGCUGUCGACCUGGAGAUAAUGGACGCCAGUACAUUGAUGAGCCCCGACUAUAUACAGCCGCUUAUCACAUCUGAGCUAGAUAUUCUCGUGCAAAAGCUAUUUGAUCGAGAUAAUUUAGCUUGGAUGCGUCAUUCUGCCGCCAAGAAACUGAUUACCCAACGAGGUGAUUUUCCUUAUGAUCCGGCAAUCAGAGGACCACCCCAUAAUGUAUUAUCUGGUAACUCUGCAGGGUGGCGUGCGGCUUGUGCGACAUCCACGGCACCCAGUUAUGCGAUGGCGCGCUUGACGGACCACACUCAGCAAGAAGAACGAAUGGCACAGGUACGCCUUGUGGACUGGGCCACAAACCUGCAGCAGAGUCUACAGAACGAGCGCGACAGAUAUGCCGCCUUGGCUCGUGGAGACCGUGCUGUCUGGCUCACAGAGAGGCUCAAUGAGUGUGUCAUUGACGGAUCACUGGUGCCCAUCUCGAAGACAUCUGGAUUCUGCGGGUUGCACGUCUCCAACCCAACCGACGCCGGCGAUUCACAACCCUUGCGAUCUUCCAAUGAAAAAUAUACUUCCGGGUUUUACGUUAAUAGCUUUGGCUCCCAUGACCCACUUGGCGUGGUCGACUGGAUCGAUGACAUGCGGCGGCGUGGAUGGAUGUUUGUUCAGAUUGUCGGUAGCGUCGGGCUUGUCGGUGGCCUUGCGUUCUGGUUUGCUCGCAGCUUGGGGGUCCCAAGUCGAAGCCUGUCUGGUUUGCCUCUCGACUGGUGCGGAGGGUCAGAACGAUAA